CCAAUGCGGGCCACCUGAGCCUUUGACUGUCCCUCCCAUCAGAAGCAAACAUGCGACCCCCGUGAUGCCCUCACCCACCAUGCCUGGCUCUCUGACCAAAGUGAUUGGCUGCGGAACCAGCGGCGGCCGACCUCGGAACGACGCGCCGCACAGCCAGGCCAUGCCAUGCCAUGUCAUCCGGGCACGCAGGAUGCCCCUUCAGCUUUCCUUCCGCAAAGCCUCAGCUCCCGACCGCAUCAGAAACCAUGACGGCACUCCAGAACCUGCUCGAUUGGGCAAAAUCCACGGGCGUCCAACUCGAUGGCAUUGCCCCACAGCCACUGCCCGGUCGAGGCAUCGGUGUCGUGGCCUCUCGCGACCUCAAGAAAGGCGACAUUGUCCUCGAUGUGCCCACCACAGCUAUCCACUGCCUGGACACGGUUCCCACCUCGCUCCGCCAGCGGCUUGCCCAGGCGGCAAGGGACAGCACCAGUCCACGGCUUUCACUUCACGGCCUGUUGGCAGCGGCGCUGCUCCUGAACGGGAGGCAUGAUACCCCACCAUCAGAUGAGAGUCCAGGUUUCGACUCGACCGUCUGGGCUCGCUGUGCUCCGUCGAUGGAGUUGUUCAAAGAAGGGUUCCCGCAGCUCUGGCCACCACUUCUCCAAGCACUGGUGCCGCAGACGGUGGCAACCAUCAUAGAAACACAGAGAAACAAAAUACACGACGACUGGACCGCCCUGCGUGACCUGCUCACCUCUACGAAUACGACCUAUCCGUUCCUGGCCGUGAGUGCAACCAGUACCAAGGACCAGUUCGUCCAUGCCUGGCUCCUCAUCAACUCCCGCACCUUCUACAACCUCGUCGACUCGACAAGGCGGUAUCCUUACGACGAGCGGCUGGCCCUCAUACCACUGGCAGAUCUCUUCAACCACACACCUUCUCCGGGCACCAUCAACAAACCACGAAAAGCUCCCGUCGCCGUCAGCUUCUCCACCGACGGCUACACGUUCACGGCAACCAAAGACAUCGUGGCGGGCGAGGAAGUUUGCAUCUCCUACGGCGAGCACUCGAACGACAUCUUGCUCGCAGAAUACGGGUUCUUCUUUACCUCGUCGUCAAUCUCGCAAGAGCAUAACGGGGGUAAUCCUUACGACAGCAUAUCACUGGCCGAGGUCAUCUCACCCCUCCUGACAGCGGACCAGCAGACUCAGAUUGUGCAGGCCCACCGAAGCAUCAACAUCGACAGAGACGAUGACGCCAACAGUGAUCGAGCCGACGAGACUGCGAACCCAAUUGACGGCUGCACGUUGUCAGUCGACACGACUGGCGCGGCUGUCCAAGUCAUGCUGUCGCCAAUGCUGCAAAUCGCAUUACGGAUCGUUCUCGAGCAGAAAUUAACAGCAGAGAUGGCCACUUUCGGCACAUCAGUAGCAUGGGUGCCGUGUCCCGAUGACAGGGAUGUCGUGCUCUGGGUGAGAAAGACGGUGCAGGCCAUGCAGGUCGUCGCCCAGGAAAGGCUCGAGUCUUUACGUGUCAUCGUGGUCGACCCCGACGCAGCCUCGGCCAAGGAGCUACUCACUGGUCGAUGGCGGCAAAUCCAGAGGACCGCAGCUCUUGCCAACCAAGCCCUUCAGAGUCACCUAGAAUAACGAAGCAUUGUACAAUGUUGUGUGAUUUGACAAA